AUGAAGAAAGCGAGGAUCGAUUCUUUUCGGCUUUUCGUCGAGGCCGUGGUGGAGAAGUGUGGUGGCAAUGCUCAAGAGAGGUAUGCAUGGUAUGGUGGCUCGAGGGAGGAACUUCUUGAAAUCGUGAAACAUGGGUUCAGUCACUGUGAAAGCCUGUACAUGGCCAGUCUUAUGGCUUCUGCCAAAUAUCCCAUGGAAGAGUGGUGCAACAUCAAAGCACAGCCGGGUGCCAAUUGUUUAAUUAAGCAUUUUGGUGGUCAUGGGGUCCCAAUGGCAUUGGCUUCAAACUCUCCAAGGGUAAAUAUAGAAGGAAAAAUUUAUUUUCAUCAAGGAUGGAAGGAAUUCUUCUCUGUCAUCAUUGGUGGUGAUGAAGUGGCAUCUGGGAAACCAUCUCCUGAUAUAUAUCUUGAAGCAGCUAAAAAGCUAAAUGUUGAACCCUCCAGCUGCGUAGUCAUUGAGGAUUCUAUGUAAGUGACCUGACUUUUAACUCUAGAAGUUCCGAAUUUGUCCUUUCAUUGUAUUAUUCUGACCUUUGCUUUUGAUAGCACCUACUGAGUAUGGCAUUGGGGAGGGGAUGGUGAUUUUCCCUUGCAUGAUUAUUGAUUUGCCCUUUUAUACUUGCACUUUAUAGUAUCAACAGCCACUUAUAUUUAAGUCUUGGAUAGAACAUAGAAGAGUUACAUAUUGCCAUGUGCUAUAUUGGAAGAAAAAUAUAUUAAAAAAUAUUGUCUUCUUUUGUCUUUAUACUUGUUUUUUAUUUAGAUUGGUGAGAAAAGAAAUUUAUGAUAAUAGAAAUACCACCUAGAUCACUUGGAGAUCUGUAUUAUAAAUCCCAUGAGUCCAUUAAGCUCCUUAAGCUUGUGUGCAUUCCUCCAUCACAGUCCAUGUCAUUUACCCUUGACACAGAAUCAAUUCAUUUCUAUUGAAGUACAAUACUAACUAAUUAUUUG